AGACGCAACAAAUACGUGGGUGUGGCAACGUUCUGGAACCUUCGGGAAUACGUAUUGACGAUGUUAGAAGGUUCUUGCUCUUUCUCCUGCUUCUCAAGCAAACCGUAUAUAAACCGCUGUCCAACCAGCAAUCGCCAUUCAUUGUAUAUCAAUCAACUAGUUUACUCGUUGAGCAGUAAGCAGAUCAGAUGGCCAAGAAAUCACCAGCAAUUGGUAUCGAUUUGGGCACGACCUACUCGUGCGUUGCCGUCUUCCAGCACGGCAGAGUUGAGAUCAUAGCCAACGACCAAGGCAAUCGAACGACACCGUCAUACGUCGCCUUCACAGACGCAGGAGAAAGACUCAUUGGAGACGCAGCCAAGAAUCAAGUGGCACUCAACCCCAAGAACACAGUGUUCGACGCUAAGCGACUGAUUGGCAGACGCUAUGACAAUCCGUCUGUCCAGAAUGACCGAAAGCAUUGGCCAUUCGAUGUGGUUAAUGUUGGUGGCAGUCCCAAGAUCAGAAUUGAAUAUCAAGGAGAGAAGAUAAUGACACCCGAGGAGAUCAGUUCAAUGGUUCUGACGAAAAUGAAGGAGACCGCCGAGACUUACCUCGGAGAGACUGUGACCAAUGCGGUCAUUACUGUUCCAGCAUACUUCAACGAUGCUCAACGCUCUGCCACUAAGGAUGCUGGUCACAUUGCUGGGCUCAAUGUACUUCGAAUUAUCAACGAACCGACGGCGGCUGCUUUGGCUUACGGCUUGGACAAGAACUUGAAAGGAGAGAAGAACGUACUGAUCUUUGACUUGGGAGGAGGAACGUUUGAUGUGUCUGUGCUGACGAUCGAUGAAGGCUCUCUGUUUGAAGUGAGGUCUACUGCCGGUGACACUCACCUCGGUGGUGAAGACUUUGACAAUCGCAUGGUGGCUCAUUUCGCCGCAGAGUUCAAGCGGAAAAACGGUGGCCGGGAUGUGAGUGCCAACCCAAGGGCAUUGAGACGACUCAGGACGGCGUGUGAGCGAGCAAAGAGGUCGCUGUCAUCCAGUACAGAAGCUCAGAUAGAGAUCGAUGCACUUCUUGACGGUAUUGACUUCUACUCACGGAUCACUCGCGCUCGAUUUGAAGAACUAUGUGGAGACCUCUUCCGCCAGUGUCUCGAACCGGUUAGCAAGGCACUGAACGACGCGAAAAUGGAUAAGUCACACAUUCACGAUGUCGUGUUGGUUGGUGGCUCGACUCGAAUUCCGAAAAUCCAGCGACUGCUCCAGGACUUCUUCAACGGCAAGGAACUGAAUCGGUCGAUCAACCCAGACGAAGCAGUUGCCUAUGGAGCCGCCGUCCAAGCUGCAGUCCUGUCUGGAGACAACAGUGCCGCCGUCCAAGAUGUCCUACUAGUCGAUGUCGCUCCACUGUCACUCGGAAUCGAAACCGCAGGCGGUGUCAUGACUUCUCUCAUCAAACGAAACACAAGGAUUCCAACAAAGACAUCCGAGACAUUCACUACAUAUUCUGACAACCAACCUGGAGUAAGCAUUCAAGUAUACGAAGGCGAACGUGCUCUUACAAAGGACAACAACUUACUGGGAAAGUUUGAGUUGACGGGCAUUCCACCGGCUCCCAGAGGUGUACCACAGAUCGAGGUAUCAUUUGAUAUCGAUGCCAACGGAAUUCUCAACGUGACUGCUAAAGACAAGAGCACGGGAAGAUCAAACACAGUCACAAUCAGCAAUGAUGGUGCCCGUCUAUCAAAGUCCGACGUAGAGAGGAUGGUAGCCGAUGCCGAAAAGUACAAGGAUGAAGACGAAAAGCAUAGGCAACGUGCAACAGCGAGAAAUCAGCUUGAGAACUAUGCGUUUAGCAUCAAGUCGUCUGUCAACGAAGUAGGAAGCAAACUGAGCUCGACGGAUGUGGACACUGUGACAAACGAGGUGGAGAACACGCUGAAGUGGAUCGAGAGCAACACACUGGCCGAAGCCGAGGAAUACGAGGAGAAACUAAAGAAGCUGCAGCAAGUGUGCUCACCGGUCAUGUCCAAGUUGCACAGUGCCAGUCCCGGUGGUGCUGAGAACGGUUCGAAUGGUCGUGGACCGACAGUCGAAGAAGUCGACUGAACAUUAGUGUUAUUCUUGCUAUGUUAGGGACAAAAGCAAACUAGUGUGUAAUUGGUUUGUGUUUGAGUAAGUAUUAUGAAUUACUUGUUUUAUAUGUAUUCGUGACUGUAUCACAAGGUGUGAGAAUCGAUGGAUUAAUUUAUUAACAAGCUUUGAUAGUA